GAUUCCGGUUCUCAGGGCGACUUCAUUCACCCAUGCAUGGUGAAGGAAGCCCGCUUACCCACGACAGGGUCUCCGACUCCCAUCUCCGUUACCCUAGGGGAUGACAAGACCCAGCGCUUCUUCGAUCAGACGGUCACCGACCUCCCCUUCUUCCUCACUCUCGAGCCGACUGAUCGUUCCCCGGCGUCUCGUCACCACCGCUCCUCUGCACAUUUCGAUGUGAUGGAGACGGGGUACGACUUCAUUCUCGGCACUCCGUGGUCUCGUCGGUUCCGCAGCACCGAGGCCGAUUGGGCGACCAACACUCUCGUUCUCAAAACGAAGUGUGGACAGACGUAUCGCGUACCUUUCAUAGGUACCACGGCGACACCACGCCCCGAUCCUCCUCCCCCGGAGCCUUCAAUGCCCACACCAUCUCCCUCUAUCACUGUCACCUCGCCUCGGCAGUUCGCUCACUUCAUUCGACAGAACGACGUCACCUUCUUUAUGGUGGACGAGACGGAUCUCUUACACUAUGAUCCACGCUGUCCCAACGCCGAGCUCAUCCCUCUGGAGCCAGAUCCUCCCUCUAUCUCCAUGGCUCCCAUAUCUACUUCCGUCCCUCCGCCGUCCGUCGAGUCCAUCCCGUCGUCGUGCACUGACGCUGACGUUGAGGAACUCGCACGAUAUACGGCUGACUUGGAGCCCGCAGUUCGUGACCUCAUCCGAGAGUACCACGACGUUUUCCCAUCGUCGUUCUCGUACGCCGACAUCCCACAUAUGCAUGACGUCGAGCACUCCAUUCAACUUGUGCCUGACUAUCGUGUUCACCACCAGCCACCCUACAGACUCUCGAUCCCCAAGGCCACCGAACUCAAGCGUCAGCUUGAGGAGCUCCUGAGACUGGGUUUCAUUAAACCCAGCAACUCCCCGUGGCGAGCCUCCGUCCUCUUUGCUCGCAAAGCGGACAGAACUCUCCGUCUCUGCAUCGACUAUCGCGGUCUCAACCGCUACACGGUUAAGAACAGCUACCCCAUGCCUCGUUCCGAUGAGCUGUUCGACCGCCUAGCAGGCAACCGCUUCUUUACGAAGAUUGAUCUUCGUAGCGAGUGUCCCACCUGUCCGGAGGUGAACAGUGUGAACCACCUGCCUUAUGGUUUGCUCCAGCCUCUUCCUAUCCCUGAGGGUCGUUGGCACUCCAUCUCGAUGGACUUUAUUGGUCCUCUUCGUCCUCCGACCCCUCGCGGUCAUGAUGCUAUCCUGGUCGUCGUCGACCGCUUCACGAAGCGUGCACGCUUUGUUCCGUGCCGCUAUGCCAUCAGUGCACGUGAGGUCGUUGACAUCGUGUUUGACCGAGUCGUGCGUGACCACGGCUUACCUCUGAGCAUCAUAUAUGAUCGUGACCCGCGUUUUACCAGCCGAUUCUGGCGACGGCUCCACGAGGUUUACGACACCCAUCUCCGCUUCUCCUCGUCUUACCAUCCUCAGACUGAUGGUCAGACCGAGAUCACGAACAUGAAUCUCGGAGAUAUUCUUCGAAAGAUUGUUCGUGACGACCAGCAGUGGGAUCUUCAUCUUGCCCACGUGGAGAUAGCCUACAACCACGCCGUCUCGCCAGCCACGGGGAUGUCGCCUUACUAUUGCGACCUCGGCUAUCACCCUCGUGUUCUCGCGGACUUCCUUCGACCGUCCCAGCUGCACCCCGACACGAGUUGUCCCGCGCUGGACGAUUGGGUUGCACACAUGACGCCGAUCAUGAAGACCGCACAUGAGUACAUAGCCGCUUCCCAGACUCGCAUGGCAGCACGUGCGAACCGAUCGAGGAUGGAUCAUCCAUUCAAAGUCGGUGAUGAUGUGCUUAUCGACGCCCGCCACUUACAGCUCGAAGCGGACACGCUUCGCAGGUUUUGGCGUCGCUUUUUUAGUGCCUGCCGCAUCCUCCAGGUCGUCGGUUUUGAUACGGCAUCUAGCCCGGUCAGCUUUCGUGUGAAGCUGCCCGACUACCUACGCCAGGCUCGUGUGCAUGAUGUCUACCACGUCUCGUUACUGCGUCCUUACCGCAGACCGUCUGAGCGUUUCGCUAGACGACCAUACGAGCGCCCUCCACCCAUUAUGGUGGACGACCACAAGGAGUUCUUCGUUUUCGACAUCAUUGGUCGCCGAGUCACCGACGACAACCCUCCCCACGUUGAGUAUCUUGUACGUUGGAAGGGUUACCCUGAUGAGGAGGCUACCUGGGAGCCCCUCGAGCACUUGCAGCACGCUCGCAUGUUGGUGCGUGCUUAUGACCGUGCUCAUCGUGCUGGAUUCACUGCUCCUCCUCAGCCCACUGACCCUCCUCCUUCUCCCCCGGGUGAGGAGACCGCUGAAGUCGAGCCUGCUCCAUCUGAGGCAGACCUUCAGCAGCAGCCAGAUGAUUUUGAGCGUCCACAGCGCACUCGUCGUCGUCCUGCUCAAUACGACGAUUGACUCUGACUUACCUUCCCACGUCCUUGACUUCUCAGUACUCCAUCCACUCCAGUUUUGCUACUUCGGCUCGUCGACGUUGCGGCUCUUCCUCGAC